UUCCGAUUCCCAAAUGAAAAGAAAAAGGCAUUAAAACAUAUCAUUAAAACUCCUAUUCCUAAUUAGCACAACUAUUCAUUUUCCCAAUAGCACAUUAUCCACAGCAUCUUUAAUUUUUGCCAUAUCCUCCGGGAUUUGUGGACAGAACAGUGGGGCGUCUGUGCGGGCGUCUGUGGACGCAUGACGUAAUUGUAUUGAUCGAGGAAGAAGAGCCGAAAGUCGCGCAUUCGCCAUCUUGGUCGAAUUGUGGAGUAGAAGAAGUAAGAGUGUCUCGCAGGUGCGGUGCGAUUAGAACUGUAAUCCGCGGCGAUCCGUGCUUUAAGUAGUUUUAUUGGGAUUUGAACCCGUUUGUGAAUUCGCUACCCAUUUGGACGGACCAAGACAAAGGGUUCGUUCGUUGGGUCUGAGUAGUACUAAAUGGUUGCCUGCAGACAGCAUGUCUACUCUGUCGGGGAUUGUGUCGAAGGGGGAGAAAGGAAAAUCCAAGUUUCAGUCAUUAGAUAUCAAUAGUUUGUACCGAGUUAGCAGGGGGGAAUCUUUGGAGCAACAGCAACAAAAAAGCACAUUACCGCGCAAACAUGGAAUGCAAAGUUUGGGAAAGGUGCCUUCGGCACGGCGACCACCUGCUAAUUUGCCCAGUUUGAAAAGUGAACACAACAGCGGCGAUCCAGCUGUCAGUCUUGUACCAAGCGGUGGAAGCGGUUGGGCUACAACUAAAGACGUCUCAUCACCCACAACCAGUACUAUUACCACUUCAGCCAACACCCCCGACAACACUAAUACAAAUUCAUCUCAAUCACAAUGUGCGGCGGGCACCACUCCAGCGUCAACGACGCCACAGCAUCAUCCACCACUGCCAGGGCAACAGAAUUCUCAGUUACCCCAUCCAUCAGACGUAGGAAACAAAUCAUCAUGGAGUGCAAUAAUGAGCAGACCCGGAGAUGUUGGUACACCCGUCAUGACAACAGUGAUCGGUUAUGCGAGUCUCGUGGGGGGCGGGAGAGGGGCAAGAGGUACCCUCGGACUGAGUUUCCUCGCCCAUCAGUCCCCACAGUUCCAACACGAGUUCCCCAGUCUCAGUGGACAGCCCCCUGCUUCAGUCUCCAUUCAGAGUCAGAUCCACCAGUCCUCGAUGACAUCCAAUGCGAUCUCGGUCGCUGCUCUGCAUCAAUCAUUGCCACAGCAACAGCCACUUUCCCACAACCACUCAGGAGGUGGAAUGGCAGGUCAGCAACAGCAACAGUCUCAACAGAAUCGAGAAUUAAAUGCGCAAUACGGUCCUGGGCCCAGUCUACGUCCCCAAACCGAAGGAAGCUGGAUUCAAGGCGGAAGUCGUGCGGCAGGAGGAGCUGGAACAGGGACAGCUGGUACAGGAAGUGGGAGUACUCAGGGGGCCCAGGGCCCCCCGAUAAACAUCGGAAGCCAAUCAGGACACACAGAGGGACCCUCUGGCGGGCGACCCAACUUGGGCCCGUCGCCAGGCAUGGGCAUGGGCCAGGCAGGCCCGCAUAGCUCACAAAAUAAUCAGAACCCACUUCCCUCUGGACCCCAUCAGGUCGGCCCUAACAUGCACCAUUAUCGAGGUUUAAUUCCUCCUUUUAUGUAUAGAGGCAACUUUCCACCCGGUGGUUUUCCCUCACAAUUUCCACAGAAUGCAGGACCCGGAGGUCCUCGUCCUAGAUUUAACUAUCCCCCGGAACGUGUUCCACAAGGGCAGCGUCAGCAGCAGGACCGCGAACGCAACCAGCAACAAACCAUGGACGAAGAGCCAAUGACUACCCGACCUAUUAUUAAAGAAGAAGAACUCACGAAAAUGGACGACAUUUCACGCGACGCCGGCUGGGCAGCGCUCGACAUCAUCGACUACAAUCAGAAAUUGGCGUUUAGCGAUGAUGAGCUCGAAUUGGACUCGGUCAAGGAGGAGAGAAAAAUUGAAUUUAAGGAGGAGAAAAUUGAGGAUCUGCUUGUAAAUGACGAGAGAGAGAAAUUGCGAGAUAAUCGGGAGAGAGACUUGAAAGAAAGUCGCGAUCAGCCACCGCUACGUUCCUGGAAUCAAAAUUCAUCAUCCGCGCGCGAUUUCCGCGGACCUCCUGGAACGACCGGUUAUUCCUCCUCUCAGCCGCAGCAGCAGCAACAACAGCAACAGCAACGCUCAAAUCAUCCUCUGCGAGGUGUCGAAGAAGAAGAAAUCUGGAAUCAGAGACGUAGAGAGCAGGGUGAAAAAGUGGCGUCUGCCGUUGAGCGAGCUCGUCAAAGAAAAGAGGAAGAAGAGAAGCGAUUUCAAGAAGCAACGAAGCUAGCAGCCGCCCUAAAGUUGCAGAAUUUGGAGCAAAAGUUGAAGGAGAAGCAGGCAAAGCAAAAGGAGGACGAGCCGAUAUUGUCGUCUGUCGUCGAAUCCAAGGGUCUGAUUUCGGUGCCCCCGGUGCCGAUUCCCGUCCCCGAGUGGGAACGAGAAAAGGAAAAUCGUGAGAGGGAGAGUCGCGAGAGGUCUCGCACUUCCUCCGAGGGAAUUGAGGAAAAGAGAGAUUCGCGAGAUUCCAGAGAUUCGCGAGAGUCCAGAGAUUCGCGUGGUGGUGGUGGUGGUGGUGGCGGCGGCGGCGAGCAAGUGACGACAACAAGUGAAUUCCGUGAAAGAGCCUCGUUUAUGAGACCGAUAGAGACGACUCCUCGUGUGGUGGAACGUGAGCGCGAUCGUGAUCAGCGAGAACGGGAGCGUGACCGGGACCGUGAUCAGAGGGAGAUGAGAGAUCGAGAGCCCCCGGCGUUCUCUCGACACUUUCAGCACAAUUUGCCGCCACGAUUCCAAAAACAGCAGGCGGAAAGGAGCGGCGGCGGAUCUGCUUACAACAGCCGGGUCUCACCGAAUGCUGACCGCUCUGCUGUCUCGCAGCCGGCCUCGUCGUCGUACCCGCAGCAAGCGGAUCCCACUAGAUGGGUUCCUAAUCAUAACAACUCACUGACAGACAAUGUGAAAAUCUCACACACAAUGCCGCCGCCUCAGCGUCGAAGCAAAGAUUCAGAUCUCUCGAGUCCCCUGGAAGAAGAAAGACCGCCAUCUCGAGAUCAUCGUGGACCACCUCCAAGAGACGAUCGUUAUCGUCAUGCCCCACCUCCUCAUCGUCCUUACGACAAUCGCAAACCCAGCGGAUAUUACGACGAUUAUAAUCGCGGCUACAAGGACUAUGAAUAUGAUGAAAGACAUCCGCGCGACUCGUGGGAACGAGAGAGACACUAUGAUGAUAAAGGAGAUGUCAGAGAGUCUAGAGAUGUUCGAGAUACUCGUGAUGUUCGAGAUACUAGGGAUUCGCGGGAUAUUCGAGAACCAAGAGAAAGUAGACACGCUUCUGAUAGUCGGGAUGUUCGAGAACGAGAUUCUAGAGACAUUCGUGAAAGAGAUGUCAGGGAUAAAAAGGAUUACGAUACUCAUGUAAAGUCUUCUCCUGGUCAAGAUUCGUUUGACGAACGCGAGGUCCAGCGGGAGAGAACCGAGAGUUCAGAAUGGAGAGACGAUCGUCGCGAGAUUCACGAUGAUCGUGGCAUCCAGGACAGAUCGUUUGAAAGUCGGCGCAAUGUCCCACGAGACGAUCGCUCCGAACGUAGCGAGCGUAGUGAACGUAGCGAGCGAAGCGAUCGCGGCGAGCGUCCCCAGAGACCAGAUUCUCGUGACAGUCGAACCUCCCGGGAAUCGAGAACUUCUCUACGCGACGAGGACUUUCACAAAUCCCGAGACAGCGGUUCCUGGGUCAACGAUCUCUCCGACUACGAGGAGAAGAAGCCCGAAAUUUUUCGCGAGGAUAGAGAACGAGAGCGCGAACGAGAUCGAGAUCGCGAUCGUGAUCGUGAUCGUGAACGUGACAGAAGACAGCCACCCGGUCCAGUCACUCGAGAAAAGCUCGAGGCGGACGAACUCAAGUCUGAGAAGCGUAGCUUGACUCAACUGAAACGCGGCAGCGCUGACCAGGAGAAGAAAGAGUUGACAAAGGACUCGCCGGUUGAGUUGAAAAAGGAAUCGGAAGCCUGGAGUCGGAAAUUGGAGCGCACACCCGAGAAUAGAAUCGAGACGAAAGCCUGGGCGGACGCUGUUUCGCCAACUUUUGAAAAGGAGGAGGAGAAACUUGAGCCAAUCAAGGAUGACAAGGUCGUUGUGGAUCUGAAGCAGAGUAUGGAAAAGUUGUCGGUCGAUAAGAGAGAGGAUGUGAAUGAGGAGAUUAAGGAUGAUUCGAAGGACGACAAGAGAGAAAAGUCGACGAGGAACAGGACGAAUAGUGGUGGCUCGAGAGGUGGACGAGAUACGCGAGGAAGACAGUGGGGAGCUUUCAAUGUUUACAAUCAGCGUUGGCGCGGAGCCGAGACUCGAGGCAGAAGAGGAGGCUCCGCGAGGGCUUCGGGGAGACCGGGAUCAGCGAGAAGUGGAUCUUAUGGUCACACGGAUUCGGAGAUGAGUGGAGAUGAAGUGUCGAGUUCGGCAGAGUUGCCCAAGGAGGAAAGACGAGCAAAGUCGCCGAAGCCGCCGUCGCAGAAGGGCGAGAAGGAUGACAGAAAUCGGGAUGUGUCGAGGAGAGACGACAAGAGGAGUGAUUAUCCGCAGCAGAGGCCUGAGAAGAGAGGUGGUUACGAUGGGAGGCCGACUCGUGAAGGAUUUGCGCCGUCGGGUGAGCCUUCGAGACGAGGACGAGGAGGAUAUCGAAUUCGAGGAGCGACUGCUGGAGGAAGAAUGGAGGGCUAUGGUCCCCCCUCGAGCAAGAGUCCCUUCUCUUCGGAGAGGAGUUUGGAGGAGAAAAGUGCUGGUCUGAAUGCGCCGGCUCCUCUGGAAAAUGAAUCGAGUGUCGGCGGGGUUGGCAGUCCUGUGGAGACGGCGGAUGACAAGAUUAUUGCUAAGCAGCAGGCACUGACGGCAGGCAUUACGGGAAGACACAGCAAGUCGGUGAAUAAUCAGGGUCAGCAGCAGCAGCAGGUCAAGCAGGAGGUGAAUCAUACGAAUCAGGGACAUGGGAUGGGACCACCGAGGAAUGCUCAGGUCAGAAAGGAUGACCAGAGGGCGAAGAGGAAUCAUAGUGGAAAUAGAAAAACAAGAGACAGUCGAGAGGCACGUUUCCGGGGCAGUAGUUCGAACAUCUCGAAGCAGAAUUCGUCGGACCACGGGAACGAGGAUUGGGAAACAACCUCGGAAAACAGUGAAGAGCACAUGGACGAACGUAAAGAUUCUCGUAGUGCCAGAAAUAAGCAAUUCACGAGCCGAGGUCCGAAUCAAAACCAGGGACUCGGUCCGCAACCCCGGAGAAAUGAUCAGCCGGGUAACAAUCGCGAUCAGCGUGAGAAAAGCUCCAAGUCUUCCAGCGGUUCGUCGCGCGCCCCAGGCGCCGAGAAACGAAACGCCCAGAACUCUGCCUUUAGCAACCAAAGAAACAGUUCCGGAAACAUUCCUCCCCUGAUGCAGAACGCUCAGGCACAAAACGGCCGACCGAGGAGUCAAGGCUCCGCAAAUAGCGGCGCUCCUCCUCUUUCGGGCAAAUCCAACAAGGAGAGCACCGUGAAUCGCGUCGACGAGAUCAAAUUGAACGAUCCAAAUCUCGUGAAUCAGGCUCUGAACGAGAUGAACAAAAAGGCCACUUCCAAGGAUAAGAAGUCGAAUGACGGCGAGUCAGACACGAAUAAUUAUUCAACGGGUGGUGACGAGGGAGUGAAUAGCACCGAAGACAAGAUUGAUUCCGACGGAUUCCAGGAGGUGCGUUCGAAGAAAAACGUGAAAGAAUCGAGACACAAUCAGAAGGACGAGCCAAAGUCGAGACGUGAGAAGGACAAGGAGAGAGAGCGAGACAGGUCGAAAUCAAAGUCAAAUGGUCCGCAGCCAACGCCACAGCAGGUGCAGAAUAUUCCCCCACUGUUGGGUCAGCCGAUUCCCCAGCCAGCGAAUAUGCCGCAGAAACCUUUCGACAGGAAUGCAAGUCGUCAGAAACUGGCGCCCAGAUUCCAGAAGCAGAGGCUCGCGAAACAGCAACAGCUUGGCAGUGAUAACGAGGGCAAGUCCAAUAAUUCUGGGGCUUACAUGAAGGACUCGUCGGGUGGUCCAGCACCGCCUCCUUCCGUAAACGCCUGGGACAAGCCGUUCACGAGUAGUCAAUUGCGAUCCAAUUCUCCCUCGAGUGUGCCAGCUGAUAUUCAGCUGAUGUCGGGCCUGCAGGCGCAGAACGAUCAUUCUCACGAGAAUAACGAGCCGACAAAUUCGGGCGGAAGCAGCCAGAGAAAUUCGCCAAACUGCGAGAAGCCUGGUGGCAAGAUUGGUGGCAAGGAUGUGGAAAAGAGUGUUGUGUCUGAUGCAUCCUCGCCGCCCGUUCAAACCCUGAUUUUUGAGAAUACAAAUUACUCGAAGACAACGAAAACUGGAUCGGCGGAUCUGGCCAUGAAGUCGAAGUACUCGAAUCAUAUGAAGACUCAGAGAUUGGACAAGAGGGAUUUGGAGGAGGAGGCUGGAGGCCAGAUUCAGCAGCAGCAGCAGCAUCAGCAACAGGCCUUGUCGGCUGCCUUUUCCAGCAAACCCGGUGAGAUGAUGAAGGAGAAGAAUCAGGAGCCAAUUCAGAUGCCUCUGUCGUUUAAUAAGAGCGAGGACAAUGCGGACAUGAAGCUGGACUUUACAUUUGACUCGGAUCUCUCGCAAUUGACGGAAGACAAGAGCAAAAGUUUGGGAAUACCGAGAUCGAUGCAUUUGACGGGUGGGCAGAGCAGUUCGACGGCCGAGUUGAAUUUGAAGAUUGCCUCGGUGAAGAAGGUUUGGGAAAAUGCGCCUCCGAUGCCGACGGUUGUCGAGCACGAGGAUGGCAGUGUUGUCAAUGCGGCGAAUAGUUUCCCCCAGGCUUUCGAGAGCAAUGAUGAUGAUGGCUACAGUUCCCAUCAACAGUACAAUCAGAGCAAUAUGAAAAAUGAGAUUGCCACCUCGACGAAUGUCUGCAAGCUGGUUCCCCCGCAGGUGAAGCCGCAGCAACAGUCCUCUGGUGGCAAUGCUGCACAAUCUGGUUCCUCUGUACCAGGACCUAGUCCCAUAGGACCCGGUCAAAGUCCCAUCGGACAUCCUCCCGUCAGCCUCCAAGGCCCACUCAGUCCUCCGCCCUUCAAUUCCACAGGACAACCGUCCCAUAUUAAUUAUCAGAUGUUGCAGGAGUUCCCGCAGUAUCCCGGGUCCCAGGCAGCACAAUACGGUAGUAUGUCUGCAAUUCCGUCGCCGCCGGCGAUGCUCUACAACACCGGAUCAGGUCAGCUUCCCGCUCAGGCUGGAGGUUUGUACGGUGCAUUCCAGUUGGACCAGAGCCGGUCUCCGUUCACGCAAUACCCUCCGUACGCACCGUCCUUGCAGAAUUCCUUCAACCAGCAGAACGUUUAUUUGCAGCAAGCGCCUCCUCACGCACCAAAUGCACCAGCUCCCGACAUGUACCAGAGCAAUCUCUCCCAGUAUCGAAUCCAGGCAGCUGCAGCGCCUCCCUUUGGCCAGAACCAACAGCUCAGCAACAAUCCCAACACAGUUUUGAUCAGCUCGUCGUCCAAUUCGUUAAUGUCCGCGAGUGUCAAGCCAUCGUCGCAAUCGAUUGGCGCGAUCGGAACAAAGGCACCACACUUUCAGGCGCCCUCGGCGCCACAGCCAAACCAAUUGGCUUACAUUCCAUAUGAUCCGAACCAAGUUCUGGGUGUGAGCGGAAGUUACAUGGGCAAUUCACAGCUUGUUCAGAGGCCAGGACCGAAUGUACAACCUUCGGCGAAUAGCUAUUACAGUGCAACCUCCGCCGAUGUCUUUCCCGGUUCCCAGACGGGAUUUUAUCAACCGGGCGGAGCUGCUCAGCAGACGGGUACACACUACGGCCUGCAGGGGUUUGGCCAGCAUAGUCAGAGUCUAGCGACGGGAAAUGCCCAGCAAGUGGGCCUUCAGAAUUUCAGUUCGCAGUUUCUCUCGGGUUCCGGACUCCAGAUUGCGGCACAGCAGUAUAGAAAUCCGACGGGAGGAUUGCCGGGUCCCGCGAAUGCGGCUGCGACCUUUCUGAGCAAGCACCAACAGCAGGAGCAACCGAGGCAGCUGAAGAGCCCCUCUGGCAAUCAGCAGGAUGUGCUGACUUCUGUUUUUGGAUCGACACCCCAAAUUCCAUCUCCAAAGUCGAGAAAACAACAAGCCCCAUCUCAACAGCAACAACAGCAAAGUUCAACGCAACAUCAUAAAUACCAACAAUAUCAGGGCGUCAGUCAGUCUGCUCUGGUAAGCAGCUACACUAACUAUGUUUUACAACAAAAUGUUCGUGGAAUGGGAAUGCCACCUCGUGCAGGUAUUCAGCCUUCCCAGCAAAGAUAUCCACCGCCAAUUCAAAGGCCUGUGGUUCCCUUUCCACCUGGACCUAACAAUCCUUCUCAACAGCAACAACAAAAUUGUAUGCCUGCACAACAGCAGCAACAGCAAUCCCAAAUGAAUCGGCACAGACCUAUGCAUCAGCAGCAACAGCAGCAACGUAACAUGAAGAUGCAGCAGCAAUAUUAUUCUGGACAAGGUAACGUAAAAAUGGAUUCCGCCGACAAGGUCGACACGCACAGCGAUAAAAUUGCAGAAAGCAACGCAGUAAAUCAAUCUGGCGGCAACAAAUCCACGGUGAAUCAACAAGACGUCGAAAGCAAGGAGGAAGUGAAUCAGCAAAAUGAAUAAAGCCUCCUCCUCCGUCCACGAGUUCUCAGAUAAGCGAGCAAAAGAUCCAAUUUUGCUCCCCCUGAAACAAAUGGACUCUCUUUGUCUCUCUCUCUCUCUCACACACACACACACACACUGGCUAAUUAAUAAUGAAAGACGCAGAAAAGAUUUUGUGUUUCUACUCAUCUGAAAAAUACUUGCCGCACAACUUGCUCGUUCUGCUUCGCUCACUUUUUCCCAACACAACAAACAAGCCUUCUACUAUUUCUCAAAGAAAAAGAAAAAAAAAACAAAGAAGAAAUCAACACUCACAGACUUUAUCGUGCGAAAAGCUUUUUUUUUUCUUAUUUCUUCCCGCGGAUUCUCUCUGCACAUACUUUGGGCCAAUUGUUCCCUAGCCUGCCCCCCCCCCCUCCCCCCAAAGAAGAAGCGAGCAAUAUAUAUAUUUUUUUUAUUCCCCGAAUUGAGAAUAAUCGUGAUUGCGAUCCUUGAUUUUCCGGAAUGUGAUCUUUUGGCAGAAGAAAUGUGUAAGUUUAUUUUCACAAAAUCGCACGACGACUGAAACCAAGUGCUGAGAAUUCACUCUUAAACCGGAAUCAUUUGGUGAAAGGGCAAAGCGAACUCUUUUUUCAAAGGCAAAGCGAACUCUUUUUUCAAAGGCAAAGCGAACUCUUUUUUAUUAACGUCCUCGUCGACUAGUGAUGAUGAAUCGCCGGCGCUUGUUUUUUUUUUGUUUGUUUUUGUUUUUUUUCUAACGCCAGCGAGCUUUUUACGCACCGUUGUCACAGUGUUUAAGGUGAAGAUGGGAACGGAAAGACUGUCAUCCGUGCCUCCGUGUGCGGUAGAAGAAGCUAAACGCAAGAAUAAAUAAAAAAGUCUAUUCGAGCGGCUGAAAACCGUCUACUGAUUUCCCAUUUUAACGCGCACUAAUCAAUAAUCAGCUCGUAUCGUAGAGCUCUGUUAAAAAAAAAAAACCAAACAAAGAAAAACAGAAAACAAAGGAAAAACUACUACGAUUAUUUACUGCCACUGGAAGGAAACCUUGAGAGGAUCAAUUUUCUUCAGACUCGGAUGAGAAAUAAAGGAGAGGAAGACCCGUUGACGGGCUGCUGCAUAAAAGGCACACGAGACGUUUUCUAAACAAACAAAGAAGAAGAGAAAAAAAAAAGAAAAAACAAAAACGAUAUUUCUAGGAGCGAAGAAUUCUUUCCGAUAUUGCUACUAUAAUUUUCUUAAUUUUAUUAUAUGUUUGCACGUGUACACUGGGCAUGCUCCGUAAGUCGAAUGAAAGUAAGAAGUAGAGGAAAUUGAUUAUGUAAGGUAACAUUAAAGUAUAAUUAUCGAAGGUAUUAAAAAGAAUGAUGAAGAAGAAGAAGGAGAAAAAAGCAACGUUCGAUCGCGUCUACUGCUUCGAUGCGGUAUUUUUAAAUUGUGUCCACGGCACAAGGGAAGCGGUGCGGGGGUCUGUCGUCGAAUCGAGGGAAAGGGUUUGAGAAUCGCGUUGGUGUCUGUCAGAAACGAAAGAAGAAGAAAAAAAAGAAAGAAAGAAAAAGAAAGGAAAAAACGAGAAGUUCCCUCACAUGAAUCUUUUACUUUUGUCAAGUUUCGAAAAUGCAAUCGACGACGAUAGAAGAAGCUUGAGAUUUGAUAGUCUGAGAUUAAUAGAAACUAUUGCGAUUGACAAUACGUGAUAUGAACCUGUAAAUAUUGUUUUAUUUGAAAGACUGAAUUUUGUGUGGCCGUCGUUGUAACGAUUUAAACAGGAGCGACAGGACAGACCCGCGAAUCUAACCCAAAGUGCCUGUAUUUUUAUCUAUCUUGUAGUUAGUAACGUGACAACAGUAACUUAUACAUUUACCUGCUACGUUAUUAUAAUAAAUAAAGGGAAAACAUAACGUUACUUUCUCGUAGUACUGAACAAGAAAAAAAAAACAAACAAAAAAUACCCAGACUGUUCAUUCGAUGGAGAGGGCGAAUUGCGAACUUCCUUGUACCACCGCUUAUUUUUUUUUUUGUUUUGUUUUCAUUUUUUUUUUUUUUUAGACACUCAAUCUUAUUUAAUUGACUCUUUUCAUUUUGGAAAGUAUUGGGGGAAGCCGUUACUUAUCUUCGUAUAUUCAAGAUUCACGUUUUUUUUUUUUUUCACGGUGAAGAAAAAUCUUAAGGGAUGCCGCGCUUUUUACAGAAAACAAAAACAAAAAAAGAAGAAAGAAAGAAAAUAAAUACGAGAAUUUUUGUAUUGUCCUGUUUAUACGAAUCCAUUUUUAUCAUCAACUCAUUCAACUCUGGCAAAGAAAUCUCGUCUGAAAAAUUAUCUAGCGAAAUUGUGAAAUAGGGAGGGAUUUCUUCUUUUGUUUUGUUUUUUUCUGGGAGAAAACGGCGACGAAGGAUUUUUUGAUAAAAGAUUUACGCGGUGUCGCUUUUUUAGAAAAAAAAAUGAAUUUAAAAAAACUGUGCCGCAAAAUUUUCACAUCAUUUUUUUUUUUUUUUGAUAGCUUGCAGAUCGGAAUGAGAUUUUAGAAAAAUGGAAAGUGGACUUUUGAGAGUUUGAAAAGACUUGAACUAGCCUUUAAUUUGAUGCUAUUCGUAAACAUAAAACGUAAUUUGUGAAGUACUUUCAUACGUAACAGCGUACUCUCCCAGCGAAUCGGGAUGGUGAGAACUUUUUGAAUUUUUGCCAGGUCCUGAACUCCGUAAAUAAUUGUACAUACACAGACUUGAAAACGCGAGAAGUCAUCGAAAUUGUUAAAUUAAUUACGUAUACUUGAGAAAUUCGUUGAACGUACUUUUUCUUUCUUUUGUUGUUUUUAUUUUGUAAUUUUUGUUUUUUUGUUUCCUAAAUUAAACUCAAAAGUUGGGUUUCAUCAACGAGACGAUAAACGGAAGGUCACUAGUAUAAAAUAAUUAUGGGUUGUUAGGAAAUUGUUAUUCGAACACGCCAGUAGCUAUACACGUGGAAUCUUGUCAUUCUUAAGCUCAAGAUUUAAAAGUAAGAGAUCGCGCCAAUUAUACCGUCGAUAAAUCGUGAUCUGAUUUAAGGAUUUAAAAAAAAAAAAAAAACAA